AUGGAGCCAAUAAGACGGAUAACGAGGAGUUUUCCUGUUGUCGUCCUAGCCUCGAUGCUUUUGUGUCAGUUUACCCCGCAAGGAUGGUCCUUUCCAUUGGCGACAUCUACCCCACGAAGGUUGCCAUCCAGUUCUACGUUCGCUACGUCGACAGAGGCAGUAGACGAUUCGGAUGUAAUAGACUCUAUCAAUCUGGGUCGAUCCGACCUAGCAAAGUAUUUUGACUUUCCACUUGACGAUUGGCAACUGCAAGCUGGGGGAGAAAUUCUGAAGGGCAACAACAUUAUCGUUUGUGCACCGACAGGAGCGGGCAAGACCGUGUGUGGUGAAAUGGCUCUUCAUGCAGCAUAUGAUAAAGACUUAGAUGGAGUCUAUACGACGCCUCUCAAGGCACUGUCGAACCAGAAGUAUUCAGAGCUUCGUCAGCGGUUUGGUGCUAAACAUGUUGGGUUAUCUACAGGAGAUGUUUCCAUCAAUCGCCAGGAAGCCCGAUUGACAGUCAUGACAACGGAAGUAUACAGGAAUAUUGCUUGGCGAUCUACUGGGUCUGUUGAUCCUGCCAUAGAAACAGGAAGCAAAACAAAUGAUCUCAAGAAGAAUGCUGUGGUAGUUUUGGACGAGCUUCACUACAUGGGAAUUCCUGGUAGAGGUGGAGUUUGGGAGGAGUGUAUCAUCACUUCACCACCGCACACGCAGAUCAUUGGUCUGUCGGCAACAUUACCGAAUGCUCGUCAGCUUGCAGAUUGGAUGGAAGCAGUAACAGGAAGAAAGACGAUUCUAAUUGAUGCACCAGGUGCACGUCCCGUACCUCUAAAGUACAUGUUCGCUACUAAGGAAGGGAUGUACCCAUUGUUUCGAAAUCCUGAUGCAGGUCCCGGCUCUAAGCUUGGCCUUCUUGGAUACCGAGAUGAUGGGAUAUCACGAAGCAUGGAUUCGGACUCAAACUCUUCAAAGAAGGGCGUUCUCACUGAUUUGGAUGACCUAAUCGACGAGAAACUCCCUCGAGGAUUGCAAACAAAUCCAGCCCUGGAAAAGUUGGCGCAAAGAAGGAUGCAACGGGUAAACGAAGCCUUGGACAGGCAACGGGAAAAGUACAGCCGUGUUAUUGAUGAUUUUGAUGAUUGGGACUUCAAUGGUGGCAGAGGCAGAGGACGACGCUCGUCUGGUAAUCGAAGAAUGUCAAAUCGUGAAGAACGAAGGGAAAAAGACCGCUUGUUGAAACGGGAAAUGAGAAAAUCUGUUCCCUCGCUCCCUGUGUUGCUCGAGAGACUGAAGGAAAAGGACUUGCUGCCGGCAAUUUUUUUCAUCUUUUCCCGAGCAGGAUGCGACCAGGCAGCUGAUAAUAUCCGAAGCGCAUACAAGAGACCCCGUGAUCCAUUUCGGGAUGUUGACUUUGAUUCUGCAGAAGAAGAAUCCAACAUCAAGAAGAAAAACAAAAAGAAAAAUCCCAAGAAAAAGAGUUCGAAGGACGGUAUUGUGGAAGAUGGCGAUGGAAGGAAAUUCCGAAUGUCCAGCGAUAAUAUCAACGAAGGCACAUUCAUUUCAUUGAUGGAAGAAAGACAAGCAAUAAUCAGUGAAGAUGAUUUAGCAUCGGCGUCCCCGUUUCGCUCUGAGAACUGGAACUUCUACAGUACUUCAGGACUUCUUACGUCGAAAGAGGUGGAAACCGUAGCAAGACGCGUCGCUCAGUUCAAUGCUGAUAAUGAAGAGAUUGCGUUUGCAGAAAAUGUGAUCGAACAGUUACUGUUCGGAGUUGGUUCGCACCACGCAGGCAUGCUCCCUGCUCACAAAGCAUUUGUCGAAACACUUUUCCGAGCGAAUCUGAUGAAGGCCUGCUUUGCAACGGAGACUUUAGCGGCAGGAAUCAACAUGCCUGCUCGUACCACGGUUGUUUGCGCUCUAGCAAAACGUGAUGGGAGCGGAAUGAACCUCCUUGAGACUUCUAACAUGCUUCAAAUGGCCGGGCGAGCAGGUCGUCGUGGUAUGGAUACAUCUGGUACAUGUGUGAUUGUAGCAACUCCAUUUGAAAGCCACGAUGCUGCAGCUCUGAUCCUAACGAACCCUAUCAAGCCAAUAACAUCCCAGUUUAGACCAUCCUAUUCAUUGGCGGUUAAUCUCAUAUCCAGGGGGGGAGGAAAGCUGGACGUUGCUAAGCAGCUUGUUAGUAAGUCAUUCGCCAUGUGGGAGAAGCAGCAAACGGAGAAAAAAAUGACAAAGGCUUCGGAGGAAGGAGGUCUUGGAAACAUUGUUCGUUCAGUUGCAGAGGAUCGUUUCUUGUCCCUGCUGAUGGAGGUAUUGGAAAGAAAUGUGAAGAUGAAAAAUGCGAAGCACGACGCUGCGUACUUGGAAUUCAUAGUGGGUAUUUUCAAAGACCGGGAGCGCUUGAAAAAGACGUCGAAGGAGUACGAGGCGGCUGCCCUCUCCUUGGAUCUGGAAGAGACAACUUUGGGCUGUCUCGAGUUGGAACUGAAGGAUGCCAUUGCAGCAAAUCCGGCACUUGCUGAUGGCGAGUCCGCAACCGAGGACGAAAAAUAUAUUUUGGAACAAGUCGACGAGCAGCGCAAAAGAGUUGACAAAGUAGGAAAGCGAGUGCGAAAGCAUGUCUUCGCGUCGCUAGCUACAAUUGGAAAUGGACUCAUGGUGGAAAAUGACGAAGACUGUCAGCUCCUAAGUGACACUUUCAAGUCGAUGAAGCCAGGCAACCCAGAGCUUCAAGCGGAUGAUUUUGUCAGCUUGGCAAAGUCGGGACUAGUUGUCAAGAGAAAACUCCGAAAGCUUGCAAAGACUAUGCCUGACGCAACUCCAGAGUCGCUUCUGCUGGAAGCUUCCAAUGUCAUUGAAAUUAAGGACGGAACCUGGGACGACAUGCUUGCCAUCACAAAAACACUGACGGCGUUUGGAUGCCUGGAAACUACAAAUAAGACAAAGUCUGACGUGUUUGACGACAUUGAAGAUCAAGUGUUUGACGUAACUCCUGCCGGGAUAGAUGUUGGUAUGUUGAGUUUUGAAAACUCACUGUGGGGCUUUGUCGCAAUGGGCGGUACAUGGGAUGUGAUGGGAAUGUCUGCGUCGUAUGAUGAGUUCAAUUCAGCCAUGACAUCGUUUGAAAGAGACAUGGACUUCUAUGAUGAUGAUGAAUCAAAGAAAGAAGAGUCAUCAUCGAUGUCAGCCCCUCACAUUGAAGCUGAGGAUCUUGUGAAUCAACUGCUAAAUCUUUCGCCUUCUGAGAUGGCUGGAUAUGUCAGCUGUUUAGUAUGCGGGGACACUGCAAGAUCAAGUCUAUCUUCAAUGGAUGUAUUCACAAGGCUUGUGCCCCGGCAGCAAAGAUCAAUUCAGGUCCUUCUUGACUCCACCGAUCGAUUAAUGGAUGUGCAACGACAAUUCGAAGUAGACGCAAAAGCUUCCAAUUGCCAAUUUGACGUCACCCAUUGUGAAGUUGUCACCCAGUGGGCAGAAGGAUGCACGUGGAGUGAAGCUCUAGAAAUGUCUGGUGCUGCACCAGGGGACUUGACCAGAAUUAUUGGUCGAGCAUUGGAUGCAGUCCGACAGUUUGGAAGUCUCAAGUACACUCCCUUGCGCAAAUCAGAUACAGGCGACGCGAUUGUCGAUCCCUUUUCUCGAGGCAUCCACCCAGAGCUUCGUCGAAAGUGCCGUGAAGCAGCCAAGGCUAUGAACCGGUACCCUGUCAAGGAUCCAUUGCCAUUUGAAGCCGAAGCGGAGGACGAACCAUCUGAAGACGAGGAAGAAACUGGAGAUACCGAGUCCAGCGAUGAUUCAAUAGAGGAGUCAAACGAAUCUCUUGUCGAUGACGAAGGACAAGUUGAUUUGGAUGACGUCGACAGCCGAACAGUAUAA